UAAUCGCGUACAUAAACUGAGUGCAAUGUCUUCGUUUCAAAUGUCGACUCGACCUUCGCAAAGGACGUUUGCUCUUCCCUACAGCUCCGUCAGAUUAAUUCAUAAGUUGUUAUGGAAAGCUAAUGACACUUCUCACCUCAAAUUUCUUACAGAUUCUUUACUGGUCUUUGAUACUUCUCAAGAGUUUUCGUUAGAUUUUGCGGAAACUGUCGGUUUAAAAAUCAUCUUUUUGGAUACCUUUGUUAAGUGGAUCCAACAAUUCGCAUCUUCACUUUCUUUUUGCCUAAAUGUCAACAGACAAGAAACCUACAUUACAAGAGUCGUCAACAACAUGGUAUUGGAGACGCUUACCUUCAUUGAUGGCAUUACAAAGGAAUUGAAAUCGACAUAUCGUGAAGUCCCUAAACCCCUGACAGAUUUUUCUAAUCAUCUGAAGUUUGUAAUGAGAAUCUCAUCUAAACGUUUGUUUGGUUGGAUUGAUUAUUGUUGUAAACUGAAGGAUUAUUGUAACAGAAUGUUGCAGGGUAUCAACUUUACAAAUACAUCAUUGACUUGUGAAGAAGAAGAGAAGGUGUUUGCGAGCAUGUUUGAACCGUGUGCAAACACUUCAUGCAUCAUUGAACAUUUGAAUUUGACAACAUUAGGAGCAUUGACUGAAUGUGAAUUAAUGAAAGACAAUCUAAUUAAUCAUGAGAAUUCAAUUAUCUCAACGAAUGAUAAUGUGGAUUUGAAUUGUUUGAAUAGCAUGUACAAACUAGCCUAUGAUAAGAGCAAUAUUAUCCAAAUCAUUCAACAAGUACAAACAGAUCAUCAGAAUUUAAAUGAAGCGGACACUCGGAAUUCAUCUAGUCUUGUCAACAUUCAAAAACAUUUACUUAAAUUGUCAUCGAUUUUUAUUACUUGGGCUACUUUACGCCAAUUGAAUGCGGAACCAUCAAUGGAACAACUGCAAACAACAGGUACACACAGAUAUACAUACAUAUUUUGA